AUGUUUGAUAACAGCCAGUACCCCUAUAACUGCUUUAAUUAUGAUGGGGAUGAUUACCCAACCUGCAGUUCUGAUGAAGAGAAAAGGUUCACCAGACCAGCAUACAGCUACAUCGCUUUAAUUGCCAUGGCCAUUCAGCAGAGUCCUUCCAACAAAGUCACUCUGUCUGGCAUUUAUGAUUUUAUCAUGAAGAAAUUCCCUUACUACCGAACAAACCAGCGAGCCUGGCAGAACUCGAUCCGUCACAACCUCUCUCUCAACAGCUGCUUUGUCAAGGUUCCCCGGACAGAAGGCAACGACAAGGGAAAGGGAAACUACUGGAGCUUUGCAUCAGGAUGCGAAUCCAUGCUGGAUCUGUUUGAAAAUGGGAAUUACAGGAGGAGGAGGAGGCGGAAGAAUGUGAAAAGGGAACCCAGAGACAAAAGGUCAAACGGAGAGAGAGAUUGCUUGCCUGCAUUGUCCCCAGUGGAUUCUGGAUUUCCUGGCACCUCCUCCUGUCCUGGUCAGAGAAUGCAAUCCCAGCCCAUACCUUUGGAGGUUCGCGAGCUUUUUCCAAACACCUCCACCAGCCGAGAGAGUCUAAACAGCUCCUCCAUAGGAAAAUCUGACUCCGAAAUUAAAUUUAGCAUUGAUUACAUUCUCUCCUCCCCAGACCCUCUGCCAGUCCUGAGGUCUCCAUAUCACAUGCAAGAUAAUAAAUACCACCUCUUGGAUUCUCAGCAGAUUAACCUUCAUUUUUGGCCAAUGUGA